GCGAGAGAGAGAGAGAGAGAGUGAAACAGCUAGUCCGCGCGCAUGUGUGAGUGUGUAUACGCCACAUACACACAAACUUAGCAGCAGUCACUGAGCACUCAGCGCGAGAGCUAACAACGUAUGUAUAUAAGCACAGCAUAGAUUCGCGCGUCCUUUGUUGAGUAAGCUUGCGAAAAAGGACGCACAAGAUGACGAUUCAACGGUUCGAUUGACAAUGAAGUGAAGCAGCGACGAUUCUUGCAUCUCGGCGAGGAUCGCUACCAAGCAUCGGAUUGAUGAGAAAAAAGAAAGGAGUCUAAGAUUUCGGGCGAAGCAGCAGCAGCAGCAACAACAACAACAGCCGCAAAAUGUCAGCAGAUUCGCCGAGGAGACCCGGAGGUGGUGGAGUGGUCACGGCUCAACAUCACAAAAGUGGUCAGGUCGUGUCGCCUCAGCCAGUUAGCGAUAGGUCCAUCAUCGACAGCAUGGCUGGGAUAAUCAACGACAUCGUACCACAGGCCUACGCCGGAAGCGCGCCCAGCAGCGAAAAUCGCGAGAGCAUAACGUGGGCGAGAUUCGAGUACGCCGACAUCAGCAAUCCGGCCUUUUACCCGGACUACAACGAGGGCUCGAGCAUACCACCUCUGCUGCUCGUGCUGGGCUACACGACCGGCGUGCAGGUAUGGCUGAUCGCUGCGUCGGGCGACGCUACCGAGGUACUCUCCUGGCGCCAGGGACAGGUCCGUACUCUGCGCCUGCUGCCGUCUCCGCUGACUCAGACUCGACGCUCGAGCUCGAGCAAGGGCGAGCCCGACGAUCCCUACAAGCUGCGAAGACCUUUGGUGGCCAUCUGCGACUCGGCCGGCCCGGGGGCGCAAUUUUGCAACGUCAGCUUCUUGUCGCUCAAGACAGGCGAACAAGUCAAGAGCAUCAAGUUCAAGAGCGCCGUUUGCGACGUGUUGGCCAACAAGCGCUCGAUCGUCGUUACCUUUCCCGAAAGAAUCGCCGUUUUCGACGCCAAAACCCUCGACGAUGUGCUCUCCAUUACUACUUGCUAUCCCAGUCCUGGACCGAACCCCAACCCCGUGGCUCUUGGUACCAGAUGGUUGGCAUACAGCGAAAAAAAGUUGAUACCAAGCAAACGCAGUAGUGGCGGCAGCGAGGGCGAAGGAGUCUCCAGCUACACGGCUACGGUACUCUACGCCGCCAAAUCUCUCGGUAAAGGCCUGCGCGGUCUGGGAGAGACCGUGGCUUCGAGUCUGACAGGCAAUUCCGUCACACCUAUGGCCCAGCUGAACAACUCCCAUCUGGCGGAUAACUCGACUCAGCCGGGUGUAGUCACCAUCAUCGAUCUUCAAUCUGCCAAAGACGAGAGAGAAUCCGACAGCGCCGAGUCAGGAACCAUCAUAGCCCAUUUCACCGCACACAGCGACGCCAUAGUCGCCAUGACUUUCGAUCAAACUGGUGCUCUGCUCAUGACCGCCGACAAACGCGGCCACGACUUUCACGUAUUCAGGGUACAGCCGCAUCCGGGUGGACCGAGCUUGGCUGCGGUUCACCACCUGUACGUGCUCCAUCGAGGCGAUACAACGGCCAAAGUCCAAGACAUGAUCUUCUCGUCGGACGCGCGCUGGGCAGCGGUAUCGACGGUGCGUGGCACCACCCACGUUUUUCCCGUGGCUUCCUACGGUGGGCCGGUGGGAGUGCGCACUCAUUCGUCGUCGCACGUUGUCAAUCGCCAGUCGCGCUUUCACAAGAGCGCUGGCCUCAGCGACGACGGGGCCCGCUCCCACUCGCCGGUUUCUCACGCCGAAAUACCUUUGUCAAUCUAUCCAUACACGAAUCCGCGCUUACCGCCCUAUCCACAUCCCACCAUCAUACAUCCCUUGGCACAAAUCAGACAGCCUUCGAGCUUGAAUCACAACAGUGCCCAAACGACCCCGAGGUUGCAGCAAAGACAGCGUCUGCACUCGGACGACAGCGCGACGCUCCCGUUGAAGAUAUGUGCUUGCUUCGCACCACCGAGAGCAUGGUUAUACGCACAACGCGAUUCAGCUAAUAAACUCACCAAGCGAGCCGUCGACUCUCUCUUUAUCAUGGCUUGUCAUGGAAACAUGAUUCAGUACGAUUUGGAGCCCAGACCAGCGUCCGGGGUACCGAAGGAAAAAGUCUGUGACGAAACACCGAUUGAGCUGGAUGUCGAGGCCAAGGGCCAAUGGCCGCUGAUGCGCACCAUGAGCUCGUCUGACAUUUUACCACCGCUUCCAUCAACGAGCUUGUUGAUGAAAGCCUCGACAAAAAUUCAAAACGAUCAUCAGCUUAAUAAUAAUGAAAGCCGCUGGCUCAGUCAGGUCGAGAUAUUUACACAUGCUGGACCUCAUCGGCGAUUGUGGAUGGGUCCGCAAUUUGUUUUCAAAACUUACAAUACUCCAAGCGGGGUGGCCACUAAUCUGGUCGAAGCAGAAACGGUGGAAGUCGGAGUCGCUAGUGGAUCGCGUCCCGCAAGAUCGAAUCCAGUCAAUAUGCCUCAUUCUGGUAACAGACCCCUAGUGCCCGUAGUUAUUGACGGUUCUGGAAGUAGCUACGAGCAGUCACCUCGAUUUGUCGAAGCUUACAGUGAUGCACUGGACCACGAGACGCCAAGUACUUUCAACAGUAGUGGAGCUGGUGACGAUGUCGGUGCUGGUGGUGAAAAUCAACUUAGAGAAGACUUGGCUGAAGCAAUGCUUGAAACUUCGUCAAUGCCGCAUCAAUCGACAGUCCUGCCCAUGUGCCGACGCAGCGCAGUAAGAAGCAAUCAUCAGAAUGCGAGCUCGUCAAGUAGCGAACACCGUGUAAUUGGUCAGCCGGUGGCCAAGGUUGUCAAUCCCCUCGGCACAGUAAUAACCCUAUCGGUGAACGAAGAGGACGACACGAUAAUGCAACAUCAGCUGCAGCAGCAGCAGCAAGACGUAGACGAAGAGUUGGCGGCUCUGCUGUCGUCGUCGUCGUCGUCGUCCACGAUCUCGUCGGCCGUCUGCGCUCAAGAGGGCAAAAAUCCCGUGCCGCAAGAGCAGCCAGAGUCGCAGGCUCUGAAGGAGCGGACGAGCAUCUGCGCGGAAAUGCGUCCAGCCGAGGAGCCGGCCGCCAUCGAUAGCGUGCCCGACGACCGGAUCAAAGAGCUCAAGGAGCGGAGGCAGCUGUGCGCCGAGGCCGCCGUCACGAGCACCUGUUGCGCGGUCGACCUCGACAGGGUGGGAGCGUUCAAGGACGUGCCCAGCAGUCCGAUCGUUUGCGCCGAGAGGGGCGCUGUGCCGGACUGCAGCAACGUCAUCCAAACGAGCGUCGUCCAUGCGUUGCCGAGAUCGAAGCCACCGCCGCCGCAGCAGUCGGAAGCGACUCGACAGAGCGUCGCCGAUAACUUGGCUUAUCGGCUCUUCAACGCUUCGCAGAAUAAUAUGCAGGUGCAUACCAGUAACGAGCCGAUCGUCCUGAAAGCAGCCGCUUGCGUCUCCUCGGACGACGACAUCGAGCACGUCAAUAGCGAGGAGUUGCCGGCGGCCAUCGCGGAACCAGCGCUACCGGACAGACCGACUGCUGCUCACUCAUCGGAUGACGAUUUGGAGCACAUACGUCAUAGCGAUAUUCCAGCCAAUCAAAAGUCCAGCAAGGACAAAUUCAGUCCAACGCCGGCUCGGACGCCUGAAGCCGACGCCGCGGCUUCGUCGCCGAACGAAGCGAAGACUAAGGAAGCAACGCCCGAGCGUCAAACCCACCGCAUGCAACUCAAGCAAAAAAAGCAAAAGCAAAGAAACAAGCGUCCGAUAUCCAGCGAUAUGGUUGAAAUAAUAAAUAUGGACGCCGUGAUCGUUGGUCCGGAAACGAAAGGAUUAGUCGAACGUGUACCGACGCCCGAAGUCAUUAAAACGUUCGAAGCCGAGCCAAUCGUCAUUGUUGGCUCGGAACCUCGAGAAGAAGCCGCUGUAGAAAUCAAAGAAUCAGCCGAUAUGAUCGAAAUCAUCGAUAUCGAUGCCGAGAAUAAUAGUUGUAACUUUACUCCUCGCCCGCUUCCGGAAUGUCAAAUUUUAACAUCAACCAGAUCGGAGAACUCGUCCAAGAAAAAAAACAAACGUCAGCGCAAACAGAGAGAAUGGAGCGAGCCACCGAUGCAAAUCGAAUCGGCUCUUGAUACCGUAGUCGUAGAAGCGCCAGAAGAACAAACCGAUCUUUCGGAUCCGACUGAUACUUUCAACUGGGCCUCGUUGACUCGUCGCGAUAGUGGUAGUACUGAAGAAAUGGGAAAACCCGAUGCAUGUAUCCAGUCUAUGCAUAACUUCGAAACAAAAAAUCCCGAAGCUAAUAAAGAAAACAUACCAGUCGAUAAUCAGCUGGAGUCUAACAUUAUUAAUGUUGGAAUAGCAUCUCAAUUGGAAGAAAUUGAACAUUUAGUAGAAGUUGAAAUACCAAUCAACCGUAACGAACAAACUGAUGGUAAAAAUAAACCACUACAAAUAGAGCAAGAAUCUGUAAAAAACAACUUUAUCCCCGACGAGCAAAAAGAACUUACAAAAACCGAUGUGUCUCAUAUUCUAUGCGUCAACUCACUUGACGAUACUGUUACUGUAGAACCUAUGGAUUUUAAAGAACCACUAGAAAAAAAUUUGUUGAAUUAUGAUUUACCCCUUAAAGAAGAAGAGGCCGUGAAGCCAAUAAUGUUGACAAACAUAACACCGAUAGUUGCUAAGAAAGCCAACAGAUCGAAGAAAAAGAAGCGCAGAUGAGUAGAGGAUUGCGUCGAUGUACCCGGGGCAGGUCUUGCCCUGUACAUACUCUUUAUGCAAGUAUCUGGAGUUGAUUAGUAGCGUGUGUGUCGUAUAGAAGAAUCAAUUUCGGAUCAAUAUAAUUCCUCUCUCUAUUUUUUGCCCUUGAAAUUAUUCUUUGUCAAGUAGUUUUUGAUAAUAAGUAUUUAAUAGUCAUUUUUGGCACACUGUACUUUUCAAAUUCCACUAGUAACUUCCGACGCCAUGCAUCGUCAUUGCUUCUACCACUGUAAAAGUACAAGUAAUGACAAGUAUCUAAUUGCCUCAUCUUAGUUGUCGUGGUAGCGAUGAAACACAGAAAUAGUGUUUUGUAUCAUUUUUCUGUGGGUUGAAGAGGGUACAAUCGAUGUCGACGAGAGCCUUUUUCUGUAACAUUAAGUGUUAUGGUUUUUAAUGCACGUACUCUCAAAUAAAUAUAUAUUGUAAAAGAGGGGUAAGGGGGGCAUACAUCACAUACAUCACACGCAUAUUGAUUGAUGAAAAUAGAAAAAAUUGAAAAUUUAUGAGUCAAGCCAAUUUUAUACCGUUCAAACCAUUUAGGUGUUUUAAUUAAUUCAAUGUAUUUUAAAAGCGUAUAACAGAAUGCGUAGGUUGACGAGCUAACAGUAUAAUGUUUUUUAUAAUUUUCUCGAUCACUCAAUAAGGAAUUUUAGAAAAUUAUUUUUAUGUAUGAUAUGUGCAUUUGCAUAACAAUUUUUAACUCCAACUUUAAAAUAUUUAAUUAUAGAUACUUUUUUAAAUACAUGUUUUUCCCCCAUAAAAUGUUACAGCUUUAUAUUUUUUUAUAAAUUUUUUUGUCCGAAAAUUUAAACAUUAAACGCCUAAUAAAUUACUUUGAAAAGUCACUGCUCCAUGCACGGAAUUCCUUUUCACAUAAAAAAAUGCAUAAUUUUCAAUAUUUUUUGUUACAUUGCACAUAAAUCUAUUUAAAUUGAGAAAUUUAAAAAAAUUUUUAAUGAAUCAAAUUUUAAAAUCAAAGCGGAAAAUUUCUUGAGCAUUGUUUGAAUAGCUCAAGUUGUUGUUAUUUUACUUGUAUUCAAGUUGAAUUCUGUGAAAUUUUCAGAAUUAAAAUUUCUAAUUAUUUUAUUACAAUUUUACUAUCGUCUCUGAAAUUAUUUUUAAAUAUUAUAUAUUUUUGUCUGUAUAACCAAUCAUAUAGUUGUUUCACUAUAAAUAUGUUCAUGAAUAGGAAGCUACUUCGUACUGUAUAAAAUUGAGUGAUCUAUUCGUAUUUUCCACAUUUCUUUAAAUGUCAUUGUAUUUAUGGCUUUUUGGCAAUUGAAUAAUGGAAUGUUUUCAAAUUUAAAAUUUCUAAUAAAAAUAUGAAUGAGCAAGGGUUGAAA